AUGCGCAGCUUAAUUGGGGCCCUGGAGCAUUUGCAGCGAGUGAAGACCCUGAUCAUCAAGGAGUGUAGUGAUAUCACGACUCUGCCCGUGUCUCUUCCCCGCGUGCCUGCACUCACCGAACUCAACCUUGACAUGGGACGACUUUCAGUGCUGCCCGAAGAUCUCGGGCAGCUGUCAGUGCUUCGAACGCUCGUGCUGAACCUGAGGAGUCUCACAGCCUUACCUGAUUCCAUCGCUCUGGUUACCACACUGAAAGAGCUCUCCCUCACUGAUCUACUGAAUCUGACACAUCUGCCCCAAGAGUUCGGGCAGCUGGUUUCUUUGGAGAAGCUGUGCCUGAAGCGCCUUCCGCAGCUCACACAUCUGCCCGAAUCCUUCGGACAGCUGGCAGCUCUUCGGGAGGUGAAGUUUUUGGAGUGUGGAAAUCUGCAGCAGCUCCCGGACUCCCUAUCGCAGCUAUCUUCUCUCGAGCACCUCGAGUUGGAAUAUUCGCCGCGCCUCACGGUGUUGCCAGACGACAUGGGAAAGGGUCUGCACUCCUUGCGCCAUUUAUUUCUACUGGACUGCACCGCUCUCACCCACCUCCCUCCAUCCUUCUCUGGUCUGACGUCUCUCGAAACCCUCCGGAUCCGAUGCGCGAAACGCUUCAGGGGGGCGCUGCUAGACGGCUUUGGGAGUUUGAAGAGCCUCAAGGAGCUGUCGCUCGGCUCUAUGCCGCGCCUAUCCUCCCUUCCUGCCUCCUUCUCGGGUGUUUCUUCCCUCACCACCCUGGAAGUGGGGAAUUGCCCUAAAGUAACGGUCCUGCCUGAGGGAAUCGGACGGCUGGAGAAGCUGGAGGAGGUCAGGAUCUUUGGGAUGGACGGCCUGAUUUGUCUCCCUCCGUCGCUUCUUGACCUGCCUUGUCUGCGGGCGCUGGACGUGCGGGGAUGUGAUGGGUUAAGUGCGCUGAAGCUUCUGGAAAUGGACAGGCUUGAGUCUCUCCCUGAUUCCAUCUCUCAACUCUCGCAUCUGCAAAGGCUUAAGGUUGAUUCUGCUUCUAUUCUGAAAGCACUGCCCGAAACCCUUGGAGGGCUGGCAGGGCUGCGUGUCUUGCAGCUGGUUUACCUCACGACAAUGCGGCAGCUGCCCGAGUCUCUCGGGCAGCUGAAAAAGCUCGAGACACUGGAGAUUAUCGAUUGCUUCAAGCUGAUGCAGCUUCCGGAUUCGUUUGUGAAUUUAUCCAAGCUGCGAUCCUGCUCUUUUAUCAAGCUCGGAGUCUCAAUCAUCCCUGAUGACAUCUGGAAGCUGUCUUCCCUCCAGAAGUUGCUGAUUCUGGGAUUGAAGCAGUUGCAAAGCUUGCCAGAUUCGUUCACCCAGCUGCCUAAGCUUGAGGAGCUGGAGGUGUGUGCGUGCAAGAAGCUGACUCGGUUGCCCUCUUUUCUUAGGAAAAUGCCGUCGCUGCGGGAGUGCCGCAUCAGUGAAUGCCCUUUGCUGCCCAGGCGAGACAUGAGAGGAGUUUUUGUAAGGAGAGUAGAGGAGGGAGAGGAGGGGGAGGGGGAGGAAGGGGAUGCGGAAGAGGAUGAGGGGGAGGAGGGAGGCGAUGUGGCUGGUGAAAGGGAAGAGGCAGGCGGGGAGUCAUCAGAGGAAGAGGAGAGUGGCGGUGAGGAUGAGGAGAGUGGUGGGGAGGAUGACGAGAGUGGUGGUGAAGAUAGUGAUAUUGAGCAUGAGUAUGCGUUGGACAGUGAUUAUGAGAUGGGUGAUGGCGGAGGCUGGGGGGAGGAGAGUGAAUGA